GGGGUCUGUUAUUUUAAAUUUCCACUAUUUAUCAGCACACUUCAAGAUUUUCAUUUCGCAAAUUGUUUACCUUGAAUAUGAUAGGAGAAACAGCAAUGGAAGCCAAGAAAGUGAAACCCCGACGAAGAGGGCCAAGAAAUCCUCACGAAAAUGACGAGGACACGGUGAAGAAGGCAAGGAAAACAAAUGAAAUCAUAUUGGCCAACAAUAAGCAGAGCUAUCGCCCGGAGCAAGUCAUUGGAAGCUUACAGUACGGCCUGGGUGAAAGUUUGCAGUCCAUCCACAGGAAAAAGCUGCGGUGGCUGUUGGAGAAACUCCUCCUUCAACACAAUUGGAGGGAGGCAACCGGCGUGCUUAGUGUGCUGCUCAAAGGAACUGCCGAUGACAAGUCUCUAUCUCAUAAUCGCACCAAGUAUUUGGCUGCUCUGGAGAUUCUUAACUAUGUAAGAGGUGAAACUGUCAGCCCAAGAAAACUCCAAAAUGUCUAUGAACUGUGGAUGCAAAAGAUUGGGCGACUGAAAAAUUGGCCGACAAAGGAUAGGUUUGCUGUCCAAUUGGAAUUUAUUCUUUUCUGUCUCACACAAGGAAUGACUAACGAUGCUCUAUGGUAUUUUCUUGGUUUUCUACUACAUUUUAGUUUAGUUUUUGUAAGAUUCUAUACAUCUCUGAUCUGAAGUAAUUUAAUGCUGCUUUAUUCAUUAACUAGUGUCCAUUUAAAAGUACUGGAAUGAGCUUGUGUUACUCUAUAAUACACUUAGAUGAAUUCAAGAAAGCUCUAAUCUCGACUGGUCUUGGAUGAGCACUGCAAAAUGUGAAAUAAAUGGCUGUAACCAGUACUUUUUUAGACAUUAUAGUCUUUUUCGUGGUUUUGAGAUCUCAAAAGAUGCAAGUCUGUUGAAGGAGACAAAACAUUGUGAGUGGGCCAAACCACUAAUUUACAAGUUUAUUGGACUCUUAGGUGAGUUCUUGAGAUAUCAAAAUGAAGUUUCUGUUGCUAGCAUGUUUCAAGUAACAUCUGUUUAAUAUGAUAUUUUUCAAUUAAACUUGUGAAAUAAUGAAGUUUCAUUAUUGUGGUUGUGAUGGUGGAAAGCCAGUCAAUAAAUAUUUUCAUCGACUAAUGAAUUUUAACAUUGUUUUUGAGGACCAAUAAUAAAAUAUUAAAUCAGUCUUAUGCAGAAGCGUGGUUUUGAGAGUGACCCGGUCUCAAAUUUGGUUGUUGGCUUGACAUUUUGCAAUCUCUGGUAUUCUGGACUUCCAUAGGAGCUACACUGGACAGAGUUGGACACAUUUGAUGAGUCCAAGUAAUCGGAAAUGCCUGCAGAUGGAAUUUACAAGGGGUAUGAUGCUUUCGAAGCUGGAGGAGCCAAAUCCUCCUUACAGUGUUAUUUGAACACCUCUUUCGCCUAUGACAAAGAAGUGUUAGGAGAGGAUGGUAACCACCCGAAAGAUUCCAUGGAUAUUGAUGCUAAUAAACUGAAAGAAUCUGCUCGCCGUCAUUUUCAGCCACUAGAUUUCUACGUGAAUUCUACCGAGGAAAGUGGACAUGAAAAAUAUUUCUUCUCUAAUAGUAGUGGUGAUCUGCCUCAUGUGUCUAUUUUUGACACUCAUGGUCUUCCUCCAUGGUUACUGCCUAUGCAUUUGCCAAAUUCUCGUGAAAUUUUUGAGGAUUUGAUGGAUGAGCACAAGAAAUUUCAUAAUGACUACUAUACGAGUGCGUUGAAGCACUUGCGUGUUUCCCUUUACUCGAAAGUGCCAGUAAUUGAGGCUUUUCAUCCUUUAAUACAGAUGCUUCUUCUUGGAGAUCGGGUCAACGAGGCCCUUGAUGAACUUGAAAAAUCAUUUAAAAUUUCAGAAACAGUACUCCAGUUAAGAUUGAAAGCUGCUCUCUUGGAGCAUUUUAAUGGCAUAUACAAUGUGAAACUCUGUACAUGCUUUGAGGACAUCUUAAAGAAGGAUCCAACAUGCAGCAACUCGUUGGCUAGACUUGUUGUCAUGCAUCAACGAGGGGAUUACAACACUGAAAAACUUGCAGAAAUGAUAGCCUUACACUUAGAUGCUACAUAUGCAAAAUCUGACAUGUGGAAGGAAUUAGCAUCUUGCUUCUUGAGACUUCGUCUGUGUGGAGAUGAUAGAAUGUCGUGUUCUAAUCGAAAAGAUGGGCACAAUCAAGCUUCCUUCUGUCAUUCUAACCAGAUUCUUGAUAUAUCUACUAACAGUGCAUCUGGGAAAAACUGGAGGCUCCGUUGCAGAUGGUGGCUUAAUCGCCAUUUCAGCCACAGCAUUCUCCUGUCGGAUAUUGCUACUGGUGAUUUGGAGCUUUUAACUUACAAAGCUGCAACAGCUUCACAUCUCUACGGACGGGAGUUUAAAUUUGUUAUUAAGGCUGCUGAGUAUCUGGAGAAGGAAAAUAUUAUGGAACUCUAUUCUUGCCUGCAUAUGCACAUUAUGAAUUCUGUUGGUUUUUAUUUCAAUAUGAAGAGAGAUAAUUCCUAGUAAGAAAGUUUACUCUCUGUUUCGACCGUUGCUUGUAACUUGUAUUUUGGUGGAGGUCAAGUUCCCAUGGAAUCAUUGUACAAGUUUCUUUGGGACAUCAGAGGACUAGAAGCCUAAGUUUUUGUUAAUGUUAGCUCGAAAACCUGCGCGAAAGUACUUUUGAAUGUGUAUUUUAUACUUGCAGUCAAGCAGGCUUU